AUCUUAGUUUUGGUCACCGACCUCAUAUAAUGCAUAGGCGCAAGUGGGAGGGUCUGCCUGUCUGUGUGCUCGAGCGUAUCCUGGAGGAGGGGGUUGGGUCAUGGUUUUAAAAUGUGGACAAAUCCAGAUGAGUAUGUGUGACAGAGAGAGGGAAAGACGCACACACAAAGAGAAAGUGAGGGAAGAGGAGGAACAAGGAGGUAAACAGUCAGAGACUUGUUUUUGGACUUCUGUUUGACAUGGGAGGCACCAUGUAAAGUCAUCUAAGGAAACCCGGACUUGAUUUGUAGUUUUGCAAAUUAAAGAAAGAAAACAUGAAGGACUUGGUGCAGUCAGUUGAACUUGGGGUCUCUAAGAGAAAAGGAGUUAAAGUAACUCGACCCCGGGUUUGGCUACAGAAUGAAGCUGUUCGUGUGGGAUUGGCUGAAACUCUUUGCACUUAUGUCAUGAUGGUAAGAAAAGAGUCAUGUUUUUUUUAAAAAAGUGUUAUUUCCUGUAGAGGAUUUGUAAUGCUGUGAGGUAAAAUUGCAAAAAAAUUGUCAAAUAUCCAUCUAUCUAAUGAUGAUUUCAAUUCUUGAAUGAGCUCUUACGUGUUGUGGCACUCUUAUCUUUGACACCCACAUUGCUUAAUCAUUAAUGCGAUGUUCUUGAACCUGAUAACAUGCCCCCUUCGAUCAAAUACAAGUGCAUUGAACAGUCACAUGGCAGAGGUCAGGGGUAGGGAUUGGUGGGUUUAGGUGGGUGAACCAGGAAACGUAGAGCUGCCAGAGGAAUGGUCAGACUGUGGGCCACAUGCAGCGUUGCCAAAGUCACAUGUUAUCUGUCAGCUGUUGCAACAAAUCCUAUACUUGGACCUCUGGAAAAACUCCAUACAAACAUAUGAGAGCACAUGCUGACCAUGGCCUGUUGAUAAAACACAUACAGAGGCACGUAUUCGCUGCUUUUGAAACUUGCUGGUCUGUUACUUUGAAAACAGUCUUACACUUGACCUAAAUACAUGACCCCUGGCAGAGGAACCACAUGUUUCCUAUUUCCUGAGUAAAAGGAUUGACUUACAGAGGGUCUGUUUUUUCAACCGCCGGGUCACUUUGGGUCACUGGUUUGAAAGUUGAAAAGAAAGAAAAUGCUGUAGUUCAGCACAUUUCAAAAUGUAAUGUAGCAAUAAUUUAUCCACUUAUAACACUUGUGUGUUCAUCUUACUCUGGCAGCGACUCUCUGACUCGACUGGUGGCGUGUUAAUUCUUCUAAAACUUAUCCUGUCUAAUGUACUGCAUUACUGAAAACAGACUGGCUGGGGUUUUUCUCUGUAUUCUUCUUUAUUGUCAUCAUUGGUAAUAUUUCUUUUUACUGUCUCUGCCAUCUGUUUAGGCUUUUGGACUGGGGUCUGUGGCUCAGGUAGUGACAGGGCAAGGGGCGUUCGGACAAUACCUCAGCAUCAAUCUGGGUUUUGGAUUAGGUGUUGCUAUGGGGGUUCAUGUUGGAGGGAAGGUCUCAGGUAAGAUGACAGACCCUUUUUAACAUGAAGAAGUCAUAAAAAAUUGCAACUUUAAGUGUUAAUCUUGUAUCUCUCUCUCUCUCUCUCAGGGGCUCAUAUGAAUGCAGCAGUCUCACUAGCGAUGUGUGUGUUUGGCCGCCUUGGGUGGAAAAUGCUGCCUUUGUAUGUUUUGGCGCAGCUUUUGGGGUCAUUUCUGGCAGCAGGGACAAUUUAUGCUGUGUAUUAUGGUAAGGACAUGUUACGUACCACACACCUUUAAAACCCUAGAACACUAUCGCUAAAAUUAGUAACACCAUCACUUUCGACGGGUGAUUUUUACCCGAAAUAAUAUACCCAAGAAAAAGUACUUGUCAUCAAAAUAAGACAAUACACAACAAAUUAAAGUAGUUUUUUUUUUUUUUUAAACCUUUAACUGUGCAAUGUCCAAAGGGAGGGGGAAAAAAGUGCCAUGAGGGGACUAUCUAAAAAUGCAACAAAAUAACUGAAAUUAGGCAUUCAUGAACAAAAAAAUUACUAAAUAUAUAUAUAAAGCUGUAACAUUAGUUUCUUUCCCACCCAUUCCUGGGGCAUGUGAGUCUUCCCUGGUGAAGACUCGGGGUCCUUGGCACAAUAACAGCAGCAGGAGAGAGAAACCAAAAUAUGGCAGAUUUUGAGUGAGUAAAAAUGACCAGCUGACCAAAAUAUUUCUUUUCACCAUAUGAAUUCCAUUGAAAAUCACUACUUUGUGAUAGUUAUUCAUAACCACUGCGCUAAAUAAAGAUAGCAUGCAAAUUCCAGGACCACUCUUUCUGACCUUAUUCACCUACAUGCAGCUAUCAGAUCCUCCCAAACCUACUUUACCCUCUAUCACUGUUGCCGGGUAAAAAUCACCCAAACACAUGCCUGUAGGAAAAAGCAGGUUUUGGAUCAGUGAAACAAAUAUGCCUUCAAAGAUGUCAAAGGUAAUGCUGAAGCUACCCAGAGACCCAUGAUAGUCAGACAAACGCAACAUAAUGAAAAUCACGUAAACAUGUUUUGUCGGAUGAAAAUCACCCAGCGAUAGUGUUCUAGGGUUAAUCUAUAUGUUCAUUCUUCUUUUUGCAUUUCUAAUGGCAGUGCAUCUGAUGUGUCAUGUUUUCCAUGUGCAGAAGCUAUACAUGAUUACUGUGGAGGGAACUUGACUGUUACUGGUGCUAAAGCCACAGCUGGUAUUUUCGCCACCUACCCAGUGCCAUACCUGUCAAUACCAGCUGGAUUCAUUGACCAGGUAGUCACAAAGUCAUGACCAAAUUACUUCCACCUGACUUACUCUGCAGUAAUCAUUGUUUCUUUGUGAUAUGUACCAGGUGUUCGGCACAGCUAUGCUGCUGCUGUGUCUGAUGGCUCUGGCAGACCAGAAGAACAAACCAGCUGCAACAGGUCAUGAGCCUAUUGUUGUGGGCCUCCUGGUGCUUCUCAUUGGCAUUUCUCUAGGAAGCAACAGCGGCUAUGCUAUCAACCCCACCAGAGAUAUUGCACCCAGGGUCUUUACCGCUAUAGCAGGCUGGGGGACAGAUGUGUUUAGGUAAUAUUGGGAAUAUUUUGCUGUUUUUAGGGAAGGAUUUGAUGUAACAUGUCACUUUAACAAGGGAAAACAGGCAGUAUUUACCAUUUUGUUAUAUAUAGUAAUAUUAUGUAUGCACAAGAUGUAUCUCUUUAUAAAACAAAGUGGCUGGUUUAUAUUUCAGAUCCACCUGUUUACAGUUUUUUCUGUCUUUCUCUGUGCAGAGCUGGUAAUGGUUGGUGGUGGGUGCCUCUAGUCGCACCCUCAAUUGGAGGAGUACUAGGUGCAGGGCUUUACAGGGUCAUGGUGGAGAUGCACCACCCUCCCCCCUCUGGACAGGGUAAGGGGCUGUUGGAGGAGGAGACUGUUACUCUGGAGAAACAAGAAAACAUCUGUGCAAAUGAGUGUGUCUAAGAACCCCCAACCCCACAGAAAACUAUGCACAGUGUGUCUUUGUUCAGCUUUGUGGCCGUCUAUAUUAAACAGAAACAUUCCAUGGUGAUAAAGCAUUAUAAAAGUAGACCAAGAACUAAUCACUUGGAUGGAGACACAUGAACUUUCACAAAAAAGUGUGACUGGGUUGGAGAAGAAGGUUCUGAAUAAGUUGAGCAGUAUUCAAAUGAUGUGGCUAUUUUGUAUGAGUAAUUUUAUUAGCAUUGUUGUUUUUUUUAUUAUGAUGAAAAUAAUGUUCCUCUGUAUGAGUACAGCACAGAGAGGAAAAAAACUAAUCAUAUUUAUGCAAAACUGUUCCGACACAAGAUGCUUUCAACAAAAUCAAAAUACUGAAAUCUGUCUUUAGAAGCAGGAAAUGAAGAAAAUAAAAGACAAAAAACACAGUGAUUAUAAUGACAUUUUGCAUAUUACAAUACAUAAAUAUCUCCCCGCUGUUUGCAGUCAAACAGAAAGCCCAAACAUGAGCUCUGAAACUACACUUUAUAUAAGGGAAAUAAGUGGUUGUAUAUGGCAAUUAAAAUACACAUUCAUCCUUUUGAAAAUUACAUAGGAACAGCAGGAGUCGGCACCUUGCAGCUUGAAAGGGCAGCAGCACAACUAAAGAUAAUAAACAUCUUUUUCUUUCCAAGAAAGCAGGGGCACUGCAGCUAAACGCUCAUAACUGUGAAUUUAGCUUGAUUACCUUUGAAGGAGCUGCAGGGGUGCUUAAAUAUUCUUGAUCACAGAUGUCUGUGAUUUACACACAGAUGAGUGUAAAGUUUGCAAACAGUGUACUUUGGGAAUCAAAAGGCUUAAAUGGAUAAAGCUAACAAAAUGCUGCAAUAAAGUGCCCUUUUAUCUACUGGGAUGAUCCUACCGAUCACACUAUCAUGUUAUUUUACACAACUCACUGGUUAUUAAGCACAUUUGUGACAUUCAUAAAGUUUACAGAGGAACAGAACAUCACUGAAGUGAUGCACUGGCCAGUAAGCAGCUUUGAGUUCUGAGCCGUAACUUGAUAUGUCUUUGCCAAACUGUGAUAAAUGAUCCAUGCAUUCUUAAAAUAAACACUGGAUCUCUUUUUUUCUGGAUACAUGCAUUCACUGAUUGCAGAACAUUUACUGACCUCAGACCAGUCAAAGUAUUAAGUUCAUCUUUUGUUCUCUGCUAUCAUGCGUUACUUAAACAAAGAGAUGUUCGAUAAACACAUUCUGAAUUUUUUAAGGUUUUAAAGAUAGGUUAAUUGUGUAGUGUAUUCAAACUGAUACAUUCAAGUCUACUGCUAAUAAGUCUAGAUGAAAACCAAUACAGUGUCAUUACUCAGUGCAGUUGAGUGCUACAGCGGUGGUACGGUUUGUUACUACAGCAUAGCCUCUAUACAUCAUUAUUGGUGCUAUCAAUGGCACAUACGCAGACAUUAAGACCUGGUUACUUGGACAUGUUUUCACCACUAGAUGUCGCUAUUGAUGUACUGUUCUCAAAGAGGCUCUGUAAAAAAUAAACUUGUGAUAAAACCCCCUCUAAA